UCCCUACCCUUCGACGCCCCCUACUUCAACGCCACUUACAUCGACUAUAACCUCGUCGUCAGCAAUCACAAUAAAUGCAGAGUCUCGGAGUUUUUCAUAAACUUGUCAAGUAAGACAGCGGUGUUGGCACUGGACUGCCCCGACCUGGACUUCGCGUCUAACCGGCUCACCAUUCAGCACAGCUCGCUGCAGGAGGAUAGACUGUUCAACUAUAAUAUACAGGGAACUUACCCUUUAAUCCGUCUUACAACAAACUUGCGCGCCUCCAACGGCCUGAACCUCUGUUCAUCGUUCACUUUCGCUGACGUAGCCGCUCUGCCGAAGUUCCGUGUAAACCCUAACAAUCAGAAGACUGCGAACUUCCUUUCUCGAGACCUCACCUUGGUGAAUAUUUUCGAAAGGGAAUGCUUCUUCUGGCGCGCACCGCUGCUAGCGCGUUAUUUCAUCAACUCUCUUAUUUGCGACUAUGGUUGUGACUAUUAGAGUUUUAUAACUUUAGCCCCCAUUGGCACGAUCGCUUUAAAAUCAAAUUUGUUCCUUUCAAUCAGCGUUUAAAAUGCAGCACUGCGACGUAAAAACGUCGCGUUUUAAAAACGCGUAUUUUUAACGCGCGUUUUUAACCCGUGCGAAUGGGGGUUACAUCAUUAUUAAUAGUAAAUUUGGAGAAUCAUUUGGUAAUAUCGAAAACAUACAAAGAUGUAUUUUUGUAAUAAAAUUGUUCAUUAGGCUUCUAA